AUGAUUUACCACCGUUUCGAUCGCAGGGUGUUUGUGGAACGCACCGUUUUGGGGCCAGUCACCAGAGUCGGGGGAGACCCGGCUUCAUCCCAUCCUCUGUUCUUCCACGGUUUCUGUCAAUGGCCGGGGUGUGAGGAGCUAUUUGAGGAAUACAAAGACUUUCUGGUGCACCUCGACGACGCCCACUGUCUCGAUGAGAGAAGCACAGCCCAAUGUCUCAUUCAGAAAGAGAAAGUUUACCAGUUGGAACAAAAGUUGGUUGUUGAGAAGGGUAGACUCCUUGCCAUGCGUACACAGCUGAGAGUGAAACACUCCGAACUGGAUAGUCAGAAACCAGGGGAGGCCGGAGCGAGCAGCGUGUUCGAGGAGAACAGAGUGGGUGUCAGAAACAGCGGGAAAGCUUGGACUCAAGUCUGGGACAAACACACCACUCUCUACCCAGACGUGAGUUCGAAUCUGGAAUAUUACAGAGUCUAUAAUAUCAGGCCACCGUUUACAUACGCAGCUCUGAUCAGAUGGGCUAUUCUGGAGACCAGUGAGAAACAGAUGACUCUGAACGAAAUCUAUCUCUGGUUCACAAGGAAGUUUGCUUUCUUUCGCAACAACACAGCUACCUGGAAGAACGCGGUGAGGCACAAUCUGAGUCUCCACAAGUGUUUUGUGAGAGUGGAGAAUAUGCGAGGAGCUGUGUGGACAGUGGACGAAAUGGAGUUUCAGAGACGGAAAUCACCGAAAAUCACCAGCAGAGACAUGCAAAUGAGAUGGGAGUCGCACUAACUUGCCCCCCCCCC